UCAUUAGGGCUGCUAUCCUCAUCCAGAAUUGGUACCGCUUUACAAUGGCCCGGAUAGAGAUGAGGCGCCGCUAUUCUCUGAGUAUCUUUCAGUCAAUCGAAUAUGCUGAUGAGCAAGAUCAACUACAGCUAUCCAACUUUUUUACGUUCAUGCUGGAUCACUGUACUCAUCCUGAUUCAGUUUCUCACAUUUUCACCAGCCCUAGUGUUUCUCAGGUGGUGGAUGAAGGUUUAUGUCUAACAGAAUUUGAAAAUAAGAUUGAUGUUCCAGACUCCUAUUAUGGACCACGACUCUCAUUCCCCCUUACUGUUGAAGAUGCCAAUGCUCUUCUUCAUGCUUUCAGGAAUGAACAGCUGCUUCAUGCCCGCUAUGUACUGCAGCUACUAUGUGAAGCUAGGAGGGUUCUCAAGGAGAUGCCAAAUAUCACCCAUCUUUCAACUUCCUACUCCAAGGAGAUAACUGUCUGUGGAGAUUUACAUGGAAACCUGGAUGAUCUUUUGCUGAUAUUCUAUAAGAAUGGUCUGCCUUCAGAACAAAACCGUUAUGUCUUUAAUGGUGAUUUUGUUGACAGAGGGAAAAAUUCAAUGGAAAUACUUAUAAUCCUGUUUGCAUUUCUUCUUAUCUACCCCAAUGAUUUACACUUGAACAGAGGAAACCAUGAAGACUACAUUAUGAACCUGAGAUAUGGCUUCACUAAAGAAGUUUCAAAGAAGUACAAGGACCAUGGCAAAGAGAUUUUGUAUCUUCUGCGAGACGUCUUUAGCUGGCUUCCUCUUGCCACCAUAAUUGAUAGCAAAGUUCUUAUCCUACAUGGAGGGAUUUCAGACACCACAGAUUUGGAUUUCCUGAAUGCACUUGAGAGAAAUAAGUUGAAAUCUUUGAUGCGGCCACCAAAGUCAGUAAGAGACAGACAGGACCAAGUGAAGGAGAGAAUUCCCACAACCAGACCAAAUGAACACAUUGCCCACCCGAGUGUUGCAGAGAAAACACAACACAUCUCUUCAUCAGGCUCCAUUGAGCCUUCAGGCUCAAAUUUGCCUCCAGACCCCGCCCUGAAGGAAUGGAAACAAACCCUUGACAUUCUCUGGAGUGAUCCAAGAAGCCAAAAUGGCUGUACACCAAACAAGUGUCGAGGAGGAGGCUGUUACUUUGGCCCUGAUGUCACUGCCAAGCUGUUUGAAAGGUAUAAUCUGAAGAUGCUCAUCAGGUCUCAUGAAUUUAAGCCGGAAGGUUAUGAGAUCAGUCACGGUGGGAAGGUUAUCACUAUAUUUUCUGCCUCCAACUAUUAUGAAGAGGGGAGCAACCGGGGAGCAUACAUCAAACUGAAUCCUGAACUGAUUCCUCGGUUUGUACAGUAUCAAGUCAGCAAGUACACACGCAGGCAGAAUCUUCGGGAGAGGAUGGGCACAAUUGAAUCAUCUGCCUUAAAGUCCUUACGAGAAAUGAUUUAUGCUCACAGGUCUGAACUCACUAGUGCUUUUGUACAGUAUGACCUCAACGGCACAGGCUGGAUUUCUGUCAAUGACUGGGCUGCAGCGAUGGAGUCUGUCCUACAGCUGGAACUGCCCUGGAGGAUGCUGCGGUCUCAGUUAGCACAGAUUAACCCAGAUGGAGAAGUUGACUUCAUGUCGUGUUUUUACGAUUUGAAAAUAGGCCCACCUACAAAAGAGGUUCAGCCAGCUUUGGCGGAAACACUGUGCAGAUACAGAAAGGAUCUGGAGAUAAUCUUUAACAUAAUUGACAAAGAUCACUCAGGUCUGAUUUCUCUAGAGGAGUUUGGCCAGACAUGGAAACUCUUCACUUCUCACCUGGGCAUCGAUGUAGAUGAUGAAUCCCUUGACAAGUUGGUCCUCAGCAUAGACUACAACAAAGAUGGAUACAUCGACUUCAGUGAACUUUUAGAGGCUUUUCACGUGGUUCAUAGGCUAGAGAAAAAGGCAAACUCAUGA